UGUCUUAGCUCACUCAAUCCCAAGUUCAAACCAUUAUUUUACUCAGACAACAACACAAUUCAAGUACGCAAAAUUGCUAUUCAUUUCGUUAACCAAGCAGAAGACAUUGAAGAAGGAGACUCUAUCUCAGUUUAUGUUUGCUACUGCAAGUUUUUCAAGGACGAAUUUGGAGGACCAAUUCUCAUGCAUGUCUUCAAGCCACGUCAGCAACUCUACGUUGAAACUGAAAUAACACUCAUGCAUGGAAUGUAUCUCAAGUUUGAAAGCCAAUUGGAAAACACAUACAACAUUUGGCUUUCAUACAUUCAGUUCGAUACACCAGAUGACUUUGAUGUUGAAGAAGAAGACUCUACUCAAGAAGAUGAACCACAAGACUCAAUCCAAGAAGAGUCCUCCGAAUUCACACCAGAAGACUAA